AUGUCGCCGUUCACGCCCACGUCGCAGCUGAGGAAGCGCAAGACGUACCAGAAGCGCAUGAAGUUUCUCAUGCAGACGCUCGAGGUUGAAAAGAUGCGCGAGAUCGCGAAAACCUCGCCGGUGGUCCCGUUCCGCCCCGGGGACGUCAUCCGCGUCAAGGUGGAGGUCUUAGAGAACAGAAGGAGAGCGAACGACUUCAUCGGGAUAUGCAUCGCGCGAGUCAACCGCGGGAUGGGGAGCAGUUUCACGCUGAGGAGCGUGGUGGCGAAUCAGCCCAUCGAGCGAACGUUUCCGACGUACUCGCCGACGAUCAAAGAGUUUGAGAUCAUCGAACGCAGGAAGGUGCGCCGGGCGAAGCUGUAUUACCUGCGGGAUAAG